AUGCUCCGCAAGCACACUUACCGCGACGAGCUGCAACAGGGCAAGCGCGCUCUCGGCCCCACCUAUGGUACCUCGCCUGUUGCCGUUCACCGCCACGCUAUCUCAGGCGUCGGAUCUGCUGCUAGAGAGCAUCUCUUUGACAAGGCGGUGACCCCCAGUGACGUGGGCAAACUCAACCGGCUCGUGAUACCGAAGCAACACGCCGAGAAGUACUUCCCGCUUCAGAUUGACGGCGCCGUCAGCAGGGGCACUCUGCUCAACUUGGAGGAUUCCGCGGGGAAGACGUGGCGCUUCCGGUACACCUAUUGGAACAGCAGCCAGAGCUACGUGCUCACGAAAGGGUGGAGCCGCUUCGUCAAGGAGAAGCGUCUCAAGGCCGGCGACGUCGUCAGCUUCCACCGGUCAACAGGGCCGGAAAGGCAGCUUUACAUAAGCAGGAAACGCCGCGUUUCCACCGCCGCCUCCACUUUGAUUUCCGGAUUUACCCCUUUCCAGCCUGCAAGGCCCGUCGAGGUGAUGAGGCUCUUCGGCGUCAACAUCGUCAAAGAAGCUGGUGGUGCCGCUGUCCGUGGAAGCGAUAACUACAGCAUGACGGGGUCUCAGGGGCCUGCCCCCGGUUCCUUGGGAGCGAAUCGCACUUAUCGCCGGCGUCCCAGUUGUGGAAUAGCCACUAUUUAA